UAAAAAUUGAAACGUCAAUACUCUCAGUUUAUAUUCAACCACUUGUGGAACAGCAUUAAGUAUAUCAAAAUGCUUGUCUAUGGAAUUUUGCUUCAAUUAGUGAUUUCAAUUGUGUCUGCAAACACAGCUUCAUCCAAGCCUUGUGUACUGAAAUCAUUUAAUACAGGACUUGUUUGUGUCUGUAAUUCAACAUAUUGUGAUACAUUGAUCUUUAAAUUACCGGUAAAAGUUGGAGAUGUGCUGAUAAUAUCAAGUUCUAAGAGUGGCUUGAGAUUUCAUGAAUCACAAGCUAGGUUUAAUGAGAGCAUGAAGAGAAUCCCUCAUGGACCAUUUCAUUAUGGAGAUGGUAAUUCGGACACAAGUUCAAGAUACAUGAAUAAAAUCAUUAAAGUAGUGAAAAAGUUUGAAGGAAUUGAGGAACCACUCGAUUCUUAUGUCAACAUAAUGGUUAACAAAUCAAACAAAUUCCAGAGCGUUAUUGGAUUUGGAGGAGCAUUUACAGGUUCCGUUUCAUAUAAUCUAAAACAAUUGAGUAAAGAACUUCAGGAUCACAUCUAUCAAGGAUAUUAUUCCAAAGAAGUUGGACUUGCUUACAACAUGAUGAGAAUUCCAAUUGGUGGAUGUGACUUUGACUUAUCGCCAUGGGCUUACAAUGAGGAACCAGUUCAUGACAUUUUUUUGAGUAAUUUUACAAAGCUUGAUGAUCGUGACAUCGAAAAAAUUCACCAAAUUAACGAAUUAAAGAAAAUAACAAAAAAUCAGGAAAUUAAAAUUUUUGGUGCUGCUUGGUCGCCUCCAAAGUGGAUGAAGUCAAAUAACGAUUAUACAGGAUUUUCAGUUUUAAGAGAUGAAUAUUAUCAAACAUGGGCUGAUUAUCAUGUUAAAUAUUUGGAAUUAAUGGCCAAGAAUGGACUUCCGUUUUGGGCAAUUUCGACAGGCAAUGAGCCAUUAAAUGGAAUAAUUUUUCCAUAUUUUGUUCAUUUCAUGAGUUUAGGAUGGGAUCCAAUUCUUCAAGGCAAAUGGGUAGCUGACAAUUUAGGACCAGCAAUGAAAAUGUCACCAGUAGCUAAGAAUGUAAAGCUUUUAGGAUGUGAUGAUCAAAGAUACACUCUUCCUGGUUGGUUUGAACAAAUGUAUAAAGGAAGUCCAAAUUCAACAGAAUUUCUUGAUGGAGUUGCUGUUCAUUGGUAUGCUGAUAAGGUCACAUCAGCUGACUAUUUAGAUCAAACUGCAGAACAGUUUCCAAAUAAAUUUAUUAUUGCAAGUGAAGCUAGUUCUGGUGACCGUCCAUGGGAUCUACACAAACCUGAGCUAGGAUCUUGGAAUAGAUUUGAAGACUACUUUUUGGAUAUUAUUGAAGAUUUUAAUCAUUAUGUAAGUGCUUGGGUUGAUUGGAACUUAGUACUCGAUGAAAGUGGAGGUCCCAACUAUGCAAAUAAUUACGUUGAUGCCGCGAUCGUUCAAACUGGAAGUGAAUUGUAUAAACAGCCAAUAUUCUAUGGCUUAGGACAUUUCUCAAGAUUUGUUCCUGAAGGAUCAGUCAGAAUCAAAUCCAAAUCAUCAAACAAAUAUGUCAAGUCAGUUUCAUUCUUAAGACCUGAUGGAUAUACUGUCGUCAUUUUAUAUAACAUGGCUGAACAUUAUCUUCAUGUCAACAUUUUCGACCACGAUCAUGGUGCAUUGCGAUUGGAUCUUCCAGCCAAAUCUGCCCAUACUGUAGUUUAUAAGUAGAUGUGAAGUAAUGUCUUAAAAUUUUUGUAAAGUCAGUUCUAUAAAUUAAUAAAAUUUUCGUGUCAACUAGUAGCCUAGUAAGUAUUGCAGUAUAUAGCUACUGAUUAGUAUAACGGUAGAAUUUGGCAAAAAGAGUCAAACAAUCAACUAGCAAAAAAGUA